GGCGCGUGCCGCGGGCGAGAGCAGCAGAGCGAGGCGCGGUGCUGCCGGCAUGCUGCCCGCGCUGCUGCCGCUGCUGCUGCCCGCUCUGCUGCCCGGCGCGGGGGGCGGCCGCUGCCCGCAGCGCUGUGCUUGCACCCAGUCCGCCCUGCGCUGCCCGACGCCGCCGCCGGGGGCGCGCCCCGCGCCCGCCCGUGCGUCGUUCACUCACCUUCCUGUGAAAGUGAUCCCAUCACACGCAUUCGAAGGACUUCGAGAUGCCUUCAUCAUUGAAAUCUCUCAGAGUGACUCCCUAGAGAGAAUAGAAGCAAGUGCAUUCGACAGCCUUCCUGCUUUGUCUGAAAUAUUAAUCCUGAACACAAAAAAUCUUUUGCACAUUGAGGACGGAGCAUUCAGAAACCUUCCAAGGCUAAGAUAUCUGAGCAUCUGUAACACCGGAAUAAUAGAAUUCCCAGACUUGACUCAGAUCUUCUCCUCAGAAGCUCAUUUUAUUUUGGAGCUGUGUGACAACCUGCGUAUGACAACCAUACCACAAAAUGCCUUCCAGGGGAUGAGCAACGAAUCGCUGACGCUCAAACUCUAUAAAAAUGGAUUUGAAGAUAUCCACAGCCAUGCCUUCAAUGGGACCAAGCUAAAUCAAUUGAUUCUGAAGGACAACAAAAACCUGAGACGGAUACACAAUGAUGCCCUGAGAGGGGCCAUCGGGCCAGAUGUCCUGGACAUUUCUUCGACGGCACUGGAGUCCCUGCCUAGCUAUGGGCUGGAGGCCAUCCAGGUCCUCAACGCAGUGUCAUCGUACUCCUUGAAGAGACUGCCACCUCUGGAUAAAUUCAGCAGUCUGCUGGAAGCCGUUCUGACCUACCCCAGCCACUGCUGUGCUUUUCAAAACCUGAGGACAGAAAAGCAAAAUUCCUUGCUUUCCAUUUUUGACAACUUCUCCAAACAGUGUGAAAGCACAGUGAGGAAAACAACUAGUGAAAUAUAUUACAGAGAUGCUUCUUUCAACACAUCGCUGUGGCCAGCAGAAAAGCACAUGUACCCACUUGAAACAGGUGAAGAAGCCUUUCCUUACAGCUACUCAACUGUUUUUUAUGAGGAUGAAAUGACUGGCUUCGACUUUGAGUAUGACUUCUGUCAGCCCAAGAUACUGACGUGUACUCCAGAACCAGAUGCUUUUAACCCCUGUGAAGACAUCCUAGGAUACAGCUUUCUCAGGGUCCUGAUCUGGUUCAUAAACAUCCUCGCCAUCGCUGGCAACUUCACUGUGCUCCUCGUCCUCAUAACCAGCCACUACAAGCUCACGGUUCCUCGCUUCCUCAUGUGCAACCUCUCCUUUGCUGAUUUUUGCAUGGGGCUUUACUUGCUGCUCAUUGCUUCGGUGGACGCUCAGACAAGCGGGCAGUACUACAACCACGCCAUAGACUGGCAAACAGGCAGCGGCUGCAGCACUGCUGGCUUUUUCACUGUGUUUGCAAGUGAGCUCUCUGUGUACACGCUAACAGUGAUCACCAUAGAAAGGUGGCAUACCAUCACCUACGCCAUGCAGCUGGACCGAAAGCUACGGCUGCGGCAUGCCGUGCCCAUCAUGCUUGGUGGCUGGGUGUUCUCCAUCCUGAUAGCGGUGCUGCCGCUGCUGGGGGUCAGCAGCUACAUGAAGGUCAGCAUCUGUUUGCCCAUGGAUAUUGAAACAGGGCUUUCCCAAGCCUACAUAUUGCUGAUCUUAGUGCUCAACGUUGUAGCCUUCGUUGUCAUUUGUGCUUGUUACAUCAAGAUAUACAUCGCUGUGCAGAACCCUGAGCUGAUAGCUGCCAAUAAGGAUACCAAGAUUGCCAAGAGAAUGGCCGUACUGAUCUUCACGGAUUUUACCUGCAUGGCCCCCAUCUCCUUCUUCGCCAUAUCUGCUGCCUUUAAGGUGCCUCUCAUCACAGUGACAAACUCCAAGAUUCUGCUGGUUUUAUUUUACCCAGUCAAUUCCUGCGCAAACCCAUUUCUGUAUGCAAUUUUCACUAAAGCAUUCCAAAGAGAUUUCUUCCUGCUGAUGAGCAAGCUAGGUUGCUGUAAGAGCCGAGCAGAGCUCUGUCGAAUGAACUACUUCUCCGCUUACACCUCCAACUGCAAAAAUGGCAGCUCAGCCCCAGGCCCCAGUAAAGCCUCACAGGCAUUGCUGCUUUUGUCAGCAUCAGAGAAGCUGUGCAAAACAAGAUGCUCUACAAAGAAAAGCCAGCCAGAGUGCCAGUAGGUGCUGUGUUCUAUGGUGCCAGCUGCACCAAACAGGGAUUGUUUCAUAUCUUGAACACAUCAUAGUAAAUAAAGUUAUGAGUCAAUACUUCUCACGCAGCAUUACUGAAGUUCAAAGUGAUGUUUUCCCUUUUCUUCUCUAGCAACAAUAGGCACAGAAUGAGAUUAGUACGUGAAUUAGGUGAAAUACUUUUUCAGGGAGAAUCAAGGGAGUCGAGGAGUAGUCAAGGUGCUCUUCAGGUUAAUGGGUACUGUAGUGACUGCAGAUCUGCUUCCCUGAAGCAGUGCCUGUCUGCCACCCACUUUCUUCUCCACUCCCGCCAGCUUUGCUGUCAUGUUGGGGGGGGGAAGAGGGAGGGAGGUUAAAGAAGGAAGCACUAAAGUAGAUGCCUCCUGUAUUUCAUCAACAGAAGCAUCCAAUUACACAGCCACCUGGUUAAGAAUAGUGUUCACCAAGACAACUGGGCCUGCUGAAUCUUUGUUGCUAGCAAAGUCACAGUUUACAUUAGAGCUCACUUGGAGCCUAAAAAGUUCACCCACAUGCAGCCACAUAUGAUCCAGAAACGGAAAGAAAUGCAAUAGCAGCAGAAUACCAACUGCUCUACACAGGAGUGUAUUUUAUGUAUCAAACACACCCGCUGUUAAGGGCCCCUAUAAGCUCAGCAGCAGGACAGGUACUGCCUUAUUUCCUCACCAAGGACAAUAUAGUGCCCUAUUCACAUCUGCCCUAUCUCCAGCGUCACUGAUACCAAUGGCACUAAGGAUGCCCUGGUGACUCCUCAGCCCUCACAUUCCAACCUCACUCCCAGCAGACAGAGCAGAGUAGUUACUUUGCAGAUGUGCUGAAAAUUAUCAUUUUUUUCACCACACGUUUUCUGAGGCUAAUGAGAUCCAGAUUUGUGGCUGCAUUCCCAAUUUAAGUAACAAUUGAGCGUUCCUUUGUUACUGCAGCAUAACAAAGGGACUUAGUUAUUGGCCUCUAGAAAAGCUCAUAGUCUUGUGGACAGAAAGGUAUACAAUAGCCAGGGCCUGCAGAUCAAGCCUUUUCACCAGUUACUUUUGACAGGUUGGUUGGAUUCACCAUCUCUCACGUGAAGAGCAGAGUGUUCAGUCACCAAACCAACGUUGUAGCUUAAGACUCCUACAUGGUGGCAGUUUGUUUCACAGAAUGAAAAGCAAACAUUUUAUCCAGGCUCAUAAUUGAAGUUCUAGAGUAUUAGAUAACAUUCUGUAGAUAAAACUUAAAAUACCUAAGGACAGAUCCUCAGUGGAGCAGUACUUCCUCCUGAACAAAUGUAGCCUAACAGGUCCUUGAAAGGGCAGACUGUAGUUGCCAAAACCCAGCACUGCAAAUUAGAUUUGCUUCACACUAAUGACAGUGAUUCUUUGUGCUACUGACUGGUUUAGCAUUAACUUAUAAUUGUGUUAGUUAGAAAUAACAUCUCCAACCCUCCCUAACCUUCAGCUUAAUGUCGUGCUUUCAAUCAGUACAGCAGCUCAGGAACAGGUGACACACACAUGGGGAACAAAGCAGGACUGAGAAGUAGAGGAGACUAUUAGAUCUGUGGUUUAGCAAGCAGUAAGAAUUCCAAAUGAGACACCUCUUUAUAGGUAUCAGAUCCUGAGCUGAGCAGACAAGGAAACAGGACUGCCGGUAAAAGGAACUGGGGAAAAACACAAGGCAUAACAAAGCUGUGUGUCCAGUAGACACCAAAUGAUUUACUUACAUUGCCGUUCAUAAGGGUGAAAAGCUCACUCAACUCAAAUGUUCUGCUAUACAAAAAUGAACAAGUAAAUUAUUGGUUUAGUGAUUUAGAUUCACACUAAGCUUCUCAUAAAAGUUACACGUUAAUCUAUGUCUUUAUUCCUGGUAAGCUUUCUUUUGUAAUGUAAGGUUUUAGACAGCUGUUAAUUGAAGUAUCUUCAGUGGUCACAACUGAUAUUGUAGACACACCUUGUCGUAUCUGCAGUGACACAUUUGCUCGACUGCAAACAGUGACAAUCAAAAGCAUUAGAGCAAAAUUUGAACAUCAAAAACACUCUGAUCUGAUCGCUGCUUAAGGCAUAGAUUAAAGUAAUCAGCAAACUGAGCUUACAUUUUAAUAAGGAACAUUUUUUUUCCAGUCUAAAAAAAUCCCUAACUUUUGAUAUUUUGAGUUAGCUUUAAGUGUUCGCAUUCAAAGUUGUCUUUGAAUUCAUUCAAGAACACUUUAAACAAAACAUAAAGGCAAUUCUUGUGUGCUUCAAUGAAAGAAAAUGGAAGUCAUCCCUAGUGUAGGAGUACAAGACACCCACAUACACAGUCCACAGCUCUGGACUGGGAAAAUCAUCACAGGCACCCCCAAGGAACAUCUCAGCAGUUUUGUAGGAGGCAAAAGAUCUGCUGCUAAAAUAUGCAUUUAGCAGCCAUUUUCUCAAAUGUGUCGAAGGGUCAAAAAACAGAAUGAAAAAUAUCAACAACCCAUAAGUCUUACAAGCAGUUUGGAGAGACAGCAGUAUUAAAAAUAUACCUUGUAUUCCAGAUGAAAAGUUUCUAUAAUGAACACACAUGGACUACAUAGAGUUUGCAGCAAGCUGUGGAAAAAAAAACACAUCUCACAGAACAUUAAAGCAUGAGAAAUGUUUCAAGAACAAAAUACAAAGGCAGAUCAGACUGGUAGUUAGAAGGCAUACAAUAAUUAUGAAUUAGGACAGCUUACAAGAGAAAAAAAAAAUUCAUUUCCUACUCCAGUACUUUUAUAUCAUAACUCAGCACCCAAGCACAGAUGAACAAACUCUGAAAAGAAACAAGGAGAGGUGAGAUGAGGUAUCACAAAGGUGCUCAUAGCACUGACUCCUCACCUUCAUUUAGAAGUAGCCUUUGACACUGUAACCAGAAAGAUGCAGCAGUUCAUCUUUAAAACCACCUGCUAAUCAGGUGCUCUUUAGCCACUUAAUUUUACAGUGACUAGCAAAAAGAGGCUCUGUUCUCAGUAGAAUCACUCAGAGAGUGAAUGGUACAUCCAGUCAUGCCCUGUAAAUUCAUCUUUUCUGUGUUGCACUCUUCCUGCUUCCAGGCUUGCUUAGCCUGGAGAAGAAAAGGUUCCUGGGAGACUUUUUUUUUUUUUUUUUUUUAAACUUUCCAUACCAGAAGGAGGCCUACAGGAAAGCUGGAGAGGGGCUCUUUGUCAGGGAGUAUAGUGAUACGAUUAGAACGGCUUUAAACUAAGAAGGGGUAGGAAAGAGACAUCUGUGUCAUUUGCACAAUGCUUCAUAUCAUUAUGAACAAGGUUUGGUUUUCUUUCAUUUCUUCCCCAUAUUCCUUCUCUCCAGCUUUCUCAUUAAGUUUCCUUCUCAAGGCUACAGCAUCCCCCCAGAGAGUUGAGAAAACCAGAAUCACAGGAUGGUCUGGGUUGAAAAGGACCACAAUGAUCACCUAGCUUCAACUCCUCGCUGUGUGCAGGGUCGCCAACCAGCAGACCAGGCUGCCCAGAACCACAUCCAGCCUGGCCUUGAAUGCCUCCAGGGAUGGGGCAUCCACAACCUCCUUGGGCAGCCCGUUCCAUUGUCUCAUUACUGCCUUCCUUCAGCAGAUGCAGCCAGGACAGAGGGUUGCCAGACCUAGUGAGCUAUGUUGCCACUGCUCUUCUAACAGAUUGAUCCCAUUCUGAGUCAGCCUGGCAUUUAACUUCUAGCGCUGCCCUACAAGAAAGAUGAGUUAGCUAGGAGAAAGCUACAGCUAUGAAGACAUAGGGCCUGGACCUAAGGGCACAGAGCUUUAUAUUUUUAGAGGAGUAAACAGGAAGCUAAUGUUUAGUACUGCUGGGAAUGCAAUGCCCAUGGCAGGGUGAGCUACUGUCACAUGCAUGACUUCUACACAUUUCUCUAAAGACAGAAAAAAAACCCUCACUGCUAGAAGACUAUACGAGAUGACUUUUUUUAUUAUGCACAAUUUGCAUCAUUCACAGCCUACUGGUCUGUAGUCAUAGAAUGUAGUUGAUACAUGCAGAACCAAAGUUAAAUGACUUCACGUCGACAGUGAAAAUAAAUCACAUUCAAAUGUUAAAAAAAAAAAAACCCACACUAUCCAUUGCAUCCCAGCA